GUAAAGGCUGAAAACUUGAAAAGGAGGCUAGGAAUCGUCCCGUACUCUAGUCUCCUUGCCCUUACGUUCAAGAUCCGCAUAUAAAUAAUAGGAACUUGACGUUGAAAUGGUCUAUUUGUUACUUUGAAACUUUGCGUGUAUUCAGUUUUUCGGAACAAAGUGAGCGAAAUGUCGUUGAUAAGACUUAACCCACAAUCGUGCGUUAGAUUGGUUAGAAUUUUCUACCACGGAAAAAGAGAUUAUUCCGCCGUUAUCCAAAGUGAGGAAUGUUCGGAAAUUCCACAGUAUCCAAAAAUUUGCGAUGUAUCAUUCAAAGGGAAACUAAGAUCAAAGCAUGAAGCUUAUCACCAGGAAAUUCAAAAUCUAAACACAGUUGAGGAAAAACUGAUGAAGCUCAACAUGCCUCGUUACUACGGCUGGCAAUGCCUAAAUGUGUGCGAAUCGUCCGUACCCUACAAUGCGGAAUUAAUGGCCCAAUUCACUACUAGAACACACAUUGUUAGAGAACCUGGUUUGCCAAAAUAUUAUGACCGCAUCAUGUCAUCCGAUAAGUUAGACGCAGCGGUGCAGCAGGUUAAAAAACGAAUCGAGGAUAUUAUAUUAUUUGAACACAUUAGUCACAAAAAAUAUAAAGAGCUCGAAUUGAUCGAUUCGGAGGAUCGUAAAGCGGAUAUUGAUUCCAUGGGUGAUAGACUCGUCGGUCAAAUUAACAGGAUUAUACUAGCUACCUUGUCAUCGGAAUCGCCACAUUUAUUGGAGGCGCAAGUUGAUUACGAACCUCGUAUCGAAGCUUAUUGGUGGGUCGGAGGAAUGUGGCCUCAGGAAUACGUUGUAAAAAGAAAAAAGAGAGCUUUUCUCAAGGAGUACGCUGAGGACCUGAUUGACCAACGUAUCCAAUACCACGGAACUCCUACCUUACACCUCAGGCAUGAAUUUCCACUGAAUGAAAUCGUCAGUUUGAGCGAGUCUGAAAAUCCGGACUUUAUAAUCCCGGAAUUCCGAUAUGACCCUCGAGUUAUUGGUUACAAUUUAAAGACGUUACACGGGACGAACAUUCCUGGGUUUUGGCCCGGCGAUAAAAACGAAUUCGGUAUCAUGUCAUAUCACAGACGUGGUCACAUUGACGUUCGAAACUCUUCCUUCAAAGAUGAGAAUGAAGCCUUGGAUGUUCAAGCGGUAUUCGCAUCCUACAGUUGGCUUCUCUCACAAGCCUGCUAUCAAGGUUUUUCCACAUUCAAUGACUUGACAUAUCCUCUGGUAACACAAACUGUAAUCACAAAUGGGCAAUUGUGGUCGUUUUAUGUAUAUCAAUUAAAUACAACAGUGUUGUUUGCGGAGUAUGCAGAUGAAAACCCUAGGAGGAAUUUAUGUUGGAAAACAGGACCCUUGAAGUUGUUUGAGACGAUAACAGAUGGAAAGCUUGUUGGGUUCAAUGAUGACGUAUUGAAAGAAUUGAUCAAGUUUUAUGGAAAUACGCCGCAGAAACGGAAUGGCGUCAAUAUGACGCCGUAUUUGGGUCAUGAUGAGAAAAGGGUCGCAGAUAUAAAAGAUCCAGAGAAGAGAGAAUGGCUUGAAAAACACUACAAACAUAUGGUCAGCAAUAGGCCGAGACACAGGGAAAAAGAGGAAAUUGAUUGGUGGGAACGAAUUUACAAAAUCUACUUCAACACAAGAUUUAUGGAUACAAAACGAAAACAGUGGGAAUUUGGUAAAAGAACUUCACUCCGAAGAUACGACGAACAUGCACUUGAAUAUAUACCAAAAGCUGUGAGGCCCGGUGGACCCAAGAGUAAAAUUAAAUUCAGAAAAACCUACUAUCCUUGAGGGUGUGCUGAGAACGAUCUUUGUCGGUUAUUUUGUCACUUGAUGUAAUAUACGUUAGUAAGC